AUGUCAGAUAUAAUAGUUGAUGAUCCAAAUAAUGGUGUUCGUGAACCAUGGUCCGAACGACAUCUGAUUCAAGCAAUAGUUUUACUUGAGGAUGCAUAUUCAUUUCGUUCAAUAACACAUAAAUUAUCGCCAACAAAUAUAUUGAAACUUUAUCGAUUAUACUGGUCAAAAUGGACUCAAAGUUUUUUAACAUUAAUUGUAUCGUGUCAAUUACUUCUUAUAUUUAUUCAAUAUCCAUCAUCAUUUAGUCGAACAUCUGAUUUAAGGAAAGAACGAAUACGAUUAACAUUACCUUGUUCUGUACAACUGAUUAUUGAAUUUUUGUGUCUUAUGAUUUUUUAUAUUGAUGUUAUUAUUCGAAUUUAUUUAGCUGGAUUAAAUCAUGCUCGAAAAAAGCCUUGGAUAAUAUCAUAUUUUAUUGUGACAACAAUAUCAAUGAUUGAUCUUAUUGUUUCAAUCAAUUUAGGUUGUCAAAAAAAAACAAUCAAUAUUAGAUAUUUACUUCGACCUUUUUAUAUGGCUAUUAUAUCACAAGAAAUGAAAAAAAUUUUUAAUAGUUUACGAAAAUCAUUUUUACAAAUACUAAGUGUUACACUUCUACUUGGAAUUCACAUUUAUUUUUUUUCUGUUAUUGGAAUGAUUUUAUUUCCACCUGCAAAGCGAAAAGAUUCAACAAACGACCGAAUUGAUGAAGGAACAAAAUAUUUUCCAGAUUUUCCUGAUGCUUUGAUUAAUUUAGUUGUUCUUUUAACUACGGCGAAUAAUCCGGACGUAACAUUGCCAGCUUAUUCGAAAAAUCGAUUAUAUAUUAUUUAUUUUGCUAUUUUUCUUACUAUCGGUCUUUAUUGUUUAAUGACUUUAUUUACUGUUAUUAAAAUGAAUACAUUCAAAGAAUUCUUUACCACAUCGAUGCAAAAUUCAUUAUUUCGUCGUCGUUUAGCUGUGCGCGCUUGUUUUGAUAUCUUACUUGAAUGUGAGGUUGCUCCAUCCUUACGAACAACAGAUGAUACAACAACAUCACUUGUUAAUCAUGAACCGUCUCGCUCAACAGCACCCAUGUUAGUUGUGACACGUGUUAUAUCUGGUAGUAAUUUACCUGAACUGCAUAAACGUGCAUUACUUGAUAUAUUAAAUCGAAAUAAUGAACAAAAUGGUGAAGUUACUUGGGAUAUAUUUUCAACAGUAAUGCUAUCACUAGAUGUUGAUCAUCCAAAAGAGCAUAUUGAACAUCAUGAAUAUUCUGGAAUAUGGGCAAUUGUACAACUUAUUGGUGCAUCAAAAUAUUUAACAUGGUUUGGAAAUGCAAUUGGUUUGAUUAAUUUUAUUGUUCUAGUAGUUGAAGGUGGUCUUCGAUAUCACUCGAAAUUUUUUAAAAUUGAUAUUAUUUUAUCAAAUGUACUGUUUUCAUUUUCUAUUUAUUAUUUUCUUGAAACAAUUCUCAAACUUUGGUCUCUUCGUCCAAAAAUAUUUUUUAAAUUCGUCUUCAAUACAUUUGAUGCCAGUUUGGCUCUUUCUUUAUUUAUUCUUCAUAUAAUUCAUUGGUCUAUCUAUGGCACAUUAAGUAUAACAAUAAAUGAAGUCGAACUUGAUGCACAUGGAACAGCGCGUUCAAUUUGGGCAAUAACGCGUAUUAUUAAUUUAUUUAUUAUCUUUCGAACAAUUCGUUCCAUGCCUCAUUUUACAAACUACGGAAUUAUUAUGGGAACAAUCAGCGAUGGAAUGAGAAAUUUAAAAGCAUUUAUUGGCAUUCUUAUUUGUUUAUUUUAUGUUUACGCUGUCUUAGGUAUGUGGCUUUUUCAAGGUGUUAUAAAAGCACCAACGGAAUCGGAUUUAGUAAAUGCAACCUGUGGAUCAUAUCAGCAAAGUAAUUAUUGGGCAAAUAAUUUCGAUGAUUUUUUUUCGACUGUGGUGAUAUUAUAUGAUGUGAUGCUAGUUAAUAAUUGGGGUGUAUUUUUAAUUGCUCUUCGAGAAUUUUCUACAAGAUGGAGUCAAUUAUAUCUUGUUAGUUGGUGGUUUUUGUCGAAUGUUUAUAUUUUAGCAUUGGUACUUGGUUUUAUUGUUGAACUAUUUGCAUUGAACGUUGCUCGAUUCGAAGAAAGUGGAUUUUCUCAAGGAUCCAAUGGUUUAGCAAAUGCAUAUUUUGUUAAAACACUUUUUCAUUUAUUUAAACGAAGUUUAAAAGAACCAUCCGAUGAAGAAAUAAGCAAAGCACUCAACAAAUAUAAACGAUUAUAUGAUAAUAAAUAA